AUGAGGAAGUCAGCUCACGUCCGCUUCUCGUAUGGUCAAACCGACUUUCCAAUUUUCUCUUCUCGACUUUACAACAUUCAGGCAGACAUCAAACGCCAGCUACCAAAUCAAAUCUCCCAUCUUUGGCGAGACAAGAGUGACAUUCUUCGAUGGUACACCUUUUGGGCAGUGGUAAUUGUCGGAGGACUGGGUUUGUUUUUUGCUCUUGUUCAAAUCGUUGAAUCUGCAAUCCAAGUAGAAUAUGCUGUCAAGGCCUACAAUCCUGUAAGGAUCUGA